GAGCCUGGUGAAGCCUCCCAGUCUCAGAGCUGGGAGUGGGCGAGCUGGGAUAGGCUGGGAGUUUGGUCGGAGCCGUCAUCGGGACGGGACGAAGAACCGACUGGUCGCUAACUUGUGGCUGCUGAGCGGCUGAAUGUUCCGACAGGAAAUCUGACGCCAGAAAUAAAAGCGUGUGUCGCGUCCGGUGGUUUUUACGGAUCUGAGCGUCCCGGAUGACAAAGAAGCGUCGCCGGGCAGAAGUUUGUCAGCUCGGAGUCUGAUCGCUCCUCAAACUAACGGACUGCAGUUUUGUCCUCUGACGGAGACGAAGAAGAAGAAGAGGAGGAGGCAGAAUGCCGCGGCGCACCGUGCACGAAGUGACCGUGCAGGACGUCCAGAAGAGGAGGAAUCCCAACAAACACUACGUUUACAUCAUCAAAGUGUCCUGGAGCGAUGGCAGCACAGAAGUCAUUUACAGACGCUACAGCAAGUUCUUCGACCUGCAGAUGGAAUUGCUGGAUAAAUUCCCAGUGGAAGGAGGCCAGAAGGACCCAAAGCGCAGGAUCAUUCCAUUCCUACCAGGGAAGAUCCUGUUCAGGAGGAGCCAUAUCAGAGAUGUGGCCAUGAAAAGGCUCAGGCCUAUCAACGAGUAUUGCAGGGCCCUCAUUCAGCUGCCAGUCUACAUCUCCCAGUGUGAGGAGGUCCGAGUGUUUUUUGAGACUAGACCUGAAGACCUCAACCCACCCAAGGAGGAACCCAUCGGAAAGAAGAAAUCAGUCCUUCUGCAGCAGCCUGUACAAGGAGACUGUCUCCAUCUAGUGGUCACAGUGUGUAAUGCAGGGAUUGUGGAGAGAGCGACUACUUUCCUAAAGCGAGGAGACUCCUCUGCAGGAGACCCUCUCCUCCUCGACCAGUAUGUGGCAGUCACAGACUACGAGAAGCAGGAGAGCUCUGAGAUCAGCCUGCAUGUGGGUCAGGUGGUGGAGGUCAUCGAGAAAAAUGAGUCUGGGUGGUGGUUUGUCAGCUCCGAGGACGCUCAGGGCUGGGUCCCUGCCACCUGCCUCGAGGCACAAGAUGACCCUGAUGACUUCACUUUUCCAGGAGAAGAAGUGCCUCGGAGAUUCUGGUCACUGCCAAGACAUAUGGGUCGUCGCAGAACUUUAGGGGAUCUAUUCAGCACAGGCUUUGGGCAAGAGGAGAAGUAUUCAGUGAUUUACCCGUACUCGGCCAGAGACGAGGAUGAGAUCGACUUGGAGAGGGGAAUGAUUGUGGAGGUGAUUCAGAAGAACUUGGAAGGAUGGUGGAAGAUCAGGUACCAGGGGCGUGAGGGCUGGGCCCCAGCCUCCUACCUGAAGAAGUGUGACAUCCAGAAGCAGUCAGCAGGUGGUGCUGUUCAUGCAAGCACCAACGACCUAGACUCUAAACAGAACCAGCAAAACAAUGCAGCCAAAGAGAAUCGAGACAAUGGCCAUAAAGAAAACCGACUUUCAUUUUUCUCCGACAAGAAGGUGGGAUCAAGACACAGACCUCCUCCACGCAGAGAUCUCACCAUCCCACGUGGUGCAAACCUACCCAAGCCGCCCAUUCCUCCUCAGGUUGAGGAAGAGUUCUACACCAUAGCAGACUUCCAGACCACCAUCCCUGAUGGUAUCAGCUUCCAAGCUGGGAUCAAAGUCGAGGUGAUUGAGAAGAACGCAAGUGGAUGGUGGUACAUUCAGAUAGAUGACAAAGAGGGCUGGGCCCCUGCCACCUUUAUUGACAAGUACAAGAAAACCAGUAAUGCCCUGCGACCCAACUUCCUCGCCCCUCUGCCCAACGAGAUGGAGAAGCUGAGCCUGGCAGAUGGUGGCUCUUCAAAUGCUUCAGGCACAGAUGAUAGCUGGUCCAAGCCGUUACCUGAUGAGCCCACAACAGCCCCAGAGUCCUGUGCCCGGCCUAAGCUGAGAGAUUGGAAGUCCGGUCCCAACAAGGGGGGCUGUGGGCCUUUACCUCCUGCCCCAGCUGCCCCACCAGUCGAGGACAAACCAGCUCUGCCACCUCGACGGGAGUCCAUUAAUAAGAGCUUUGAAUUGGAGGUAGCAGAGAAACCGAGACCAGAUCAUUCCAAACCUUUGCCCCCAAAACCACCAGCCCCUGGGGUCAUCAUGCCAAUGGUUCCACCCAAGGCGGCACCCCCCUUCAAACAGGACAAACCACCUGAGACCAAGAAAGAAGAUAAGAGCAAACCUCUUCUUCUUCGGAAUGAGAUGGGUCUUGAAUGUGGCCACAAGGUGUCUGCCAAAGAGGUGAAGAAGUUCAAUCUGAAACCUGUACCCAAACAUCCACCAAAACCCAAAUCAGAAGCCCCGGAGGAGAAACCAGAGGCAGCUGGUCCUGCAGUGUUCAUGAAGGCGAAGCCAGUGCUCCGACCUAAACCUGUUCCAGCUGCCAAGCCAGAUCCUCCAUCAGAGAACAAACUGGACAUCACCAACCUGAGAAGCAAACUGAGGCCAUCAAAACCUGCCGAUCUUGAAACCCCAGCGGCAGGAAAUAAUCCUCAGCCCAGUCCUUCUUCCCCUGUCCACAUCCCUAGUCUCAAUAAUGGUAAGCACUGUGAUGAGCCAAAACUCCCCCCGAAACAUAUCAAUGGUCAUAACCAGGAGAGCUCAUCACCCCCCGCAAAACCAGCAGUGCCUCCCCACAAGGAACCCCCUCAGAGACCCCCCGCCAUGGCUCCAAGGAGACCUCCUCCUCCAAAGAAGGAGACCCCAUCCAGCCCAACUGAGCUGAAACCUCCACCUGCACCAAAAGAAAUCCAGGAUGUUCCCAAGAUUCCACCGCCACAACUCAACAGACCCCCUCCCCCUAAACCCAAAGGGUUUGUAGCACCACCUCCCAGCAAAGAGAAGGAAGAGCCCAAAGUUAACAAGGUCCCGAUUCCUCCCAAACCCAUGUUGAAGAGUGAGAAACCCGGCCCGCCCAAGGACAAGCUUCCACCUUUACUCAAGGAGCCCAGUAAGGAUGAGCUGUAUCUGGCCGUGGCGGACUUUGAAGGUGAUGACAACACGUCCGGCUUCAAGGUGGGUACAGUGUUCGAGGUGCUGGAGAAGAACGGCAGCGGCUGGUGGUUCUGUAAGAAUGUACGAGAAGAAGUCGAGGGCUGGAUCCCCUCGAAUUACCUGAGCAAAAAGCCUUAGUGUGAACGUGCUCUGGAAACCAUCGCCAUAUGAAAAAAUAAACUCCGGAUCGAAAUGAACCAGGUAUCACUAUUUUAUAGCUUGUUAGCAUUUUUUUAUUUUUUUUUAUUUAUAGGUACCUUUUUUUAAGUUGACCCAUUUUUGUUGUGUUUUAUUUUGAUAAGAAUAUUCUACAUUAACUGAACCAGCAAUAACACUCGGCCCUGUGGGGUCUUGUGACGUUUACUUCGUUUUGUUUUGAUCUAAAUAUGAUAAGACCCUCUUAGAUAACAAGAUUAGACGCUAGAACAGCAGUAAAUGUAUCUCCACUCAUGCCUUCUACGAUACUGUGCCUCUAUAUUAUAUGCAAAGUGCUUCAGUGCUUAAUAUACUGUAUGCAACUGUAAACAUAGUCCUUGUCCUAGUCUUCAACACUUAAAAUUAAAUCACAGGAGAAUAUUCUAGAUGUUCAGAUCCAUUCAUUCUUUCCUGAAUGUAGACAAAAUAAAUGUUAGACAAAGAGAGCACAUGAACUCAGCAGGAGUUCAGUGACUAUCUGGGCUUUCAAGUGUUAUCAGCAGUUAGUAAAAGAGACGUCUUUGCCAAGUAGAAGCACUGUUUGUUAUACUAGAAACAUGCAUAUUAGUUUUUGUGCUGUUGUAACGCUUUCUUCGUCGACUGCCUAAUAAUGUUGCAGUGACUCGUAACAGAUGUGCACUUUUCAGUCAUUUCAGACGAGGCAAGUUAAAUGUUUGCACACGCUGAAGAAAGGGAAGAAUGCCACGGUGCAUUUUAUAUUAGUCAGUUUUAUUAGCCAUGUCUGUUUCUUUAUACUCACUGUAACAAAUACUCACCGAGCUGAAAGAUCCAACCUGAAAAGGAAGCUCAACUUAUCUCGCAACCAAAAAUAAGAAUUGUGAAAUGUGACUCGUCUGCAUAUCUUUACUACAUGUGCGACGUGAGACGUUGGAGAUCUGCAGUGAUUCGUGCAAUGAUUUACAGUAUUGUGAGUGUACAGUCUGUUCUUAACUGAAGUCUGGUGCUCAAAUAACAGCAAAGUGUGACCAUUGUAUAAAAAAUAAUGUUUUACAUUAAUGCUUGACUGGUCUCAAGCAUGGUCAGUAUAGCAAAUUAUUUUUUAUUGUACAGAAAUGAGAAGCAUAUCUUAGCUGUUGUCACUUUUCUUUGAUGGCCCAUGUGUCCUCUGCACCGAUGAAGGGAUGAGAAGAAGAAGAAGAGAGAGCUGAGGAGGAGAGUGGAUGGAUGAUUUAGGGGAUUUGAUGAAUAGAAGAAAUACAGUGGGUGGUGUUUAGUUCUGUGAGGAGAGAAGGGAAAAAUAAUCACAAAAGAAACAUCUGUGAGACAUUUCACAGAACGCACUUCACAAAGGUCGUCUACCACACGUUAGUAAAAGUGUUCAGUUUACUCAAUAGAAUUGUUGUCAUGGUUGUUGAUACAAGCAGACAAGGCUUCAAGCUGUAACACUGAUUCUGUUCUGCUUCUAGUCGCUAUAACAUUAUUCAACCUUUCAUACAGAAAUGUCAGAAAAACAAAUUGUGUUGUUUAAAUGCCCCCAACGUGUGGCGGUGUGGAGGGAACACAGGCAGGGCGGGUUUGGUUCAGUGCGAGGCAGAUGGGGUGAUGGUGUCAUCGUUUCAGUAUUGUAAUCUUAUUUACCUUUAUGCUAUGUAUUUUUCAUUACAUUGAAUCUCUUUUUACUUUGGUCAAUAAAAGUUUCAGAUUUUUCA